UAACACGUAACUCGAUUAGUAUGAAUGUGUAAGCACUUGAACACCUUUCUUUCUUUCUUUCUUUCUUUCUUUCUUUCUUUCUUUCUUUCUUUCUUUCUUUCUUUCCUUCUUUAUACUGCAAAUCUGUUCUUGGGUUUCAUGACUCUCUAAUUAUCUCUUGGCUCUGAAAAUGAACUUUUUACGGAUCAAAGGAACUAUUUGGCUCAGAUCUUCUGAAGCCACCAAUGCCUGCUUUGUUUGGUACUUUCAGUGCACCGUUCUUUAUUCAUAACAUUUAUAAUAGCUGAAGGAAGACAAGGUGGCUGCAGGAGAGAAACAUGAGAGAAACAUUCCCUAUUUCAUUAACGACACCUAUAUGUGUUGUGUACAUUACUUAUUGUGUCCUCAUAGUAGGCUGAGAUGGAGUGAAUACAAACAUUUCAUACUAAAACAAACAAACAAAAAAUUAUAUAUUUUUUAUUAAAUUAAUAUUUAAGUUAAUUUUGAGCACCAAUCUUGCCAACGUAAUUAAAUAUCUUAUUGGAAUGUUAUAAUAAUACAUUAUUCUCCUGAAAAUUCAAAUUCACAGACGUGAACCACUGUAAUCAUUUGCAAUAAUUAAUGAAAAUAGAGGGCCAUUACUGUGGCAAAUGUAUUGUUUGUAAUCAUAAUUACUUAUUUUUAUUUUGUCCUGCAUGUAAAAAACUGAGGUAAUGGCUGUAAUGUGCCCGAUACAUCUGUUAAGGAUUACAUGAUGUGAAGGUGAUCUAGAUUAUUACAAUCUUAAUUGUAUAUUUUUCAGUGACUGUGAGUCUGAGUGUAUGUACAGAAUUUCUGCGUAGUUACAUAUGUGCAAUAGGUCUGCAUUUGUAUGAUCUGCAUGGGUCUCUGUGUAUUAUCAUGUGUGCACCUUAUUAUGUGCAUCUGUGUGUGUGUGUGUGUGUGUGUGUGUGUGUGUGUGUGUGUGUGUGUGUGUGUGUGUGUACAUGUGUGACACACAGAGCAGACACACACAUUGCCAGUUUCUCUUGUAGAAGCAUCUCUAUGGUUUUCACUCACGCAGUAUCUCUGGAUUUGGCUGGCAGAGGAGCUCUACGCUUCUUUAUAGACAGACACACAGGCUGAUGCUUAAUCUGCUUCAUCAAUGUGUAUGGUCAUAUUUGCUCCGCUUUUUGCUGUUUUAGCAUUUGCAACAUGUGGGGGAUAUUCUGGCCAGAUUAUGGUUAAAGUAGAAUGUUUCGAUAAAACUCAAAAUAACAUCAGCAUCAGUUUCAACUACCCAUUCAGACUGCAAGAGGUACACUUCAGUGCUCUUCUAUGUGAAGGAACCAGGAAAGAGACUGUCUUUCUGGAAGGGGAUUAUGCUUCAUCUGCACAGUUCUUCGUCACCGUGUCGGUCCUGGCUUUUCUCUAUUCCCUUUUGGCCACAAUCGUUUACUUCUUCUACCAGAACAAAUACAGAGAGAAGAACAGAGGUCCAGUAGUUGAUUUCUUGGUGACUUUAGUGUUCUCUAGCCUGUGGUUGGUGAGCUCUAUUGCCUGGGCUAAAACUCUGUCUGGGGUGAAGACGGUCACUGAUGUGCGUCAAAUCCUGCUGUUAAUGUCUGCUUGCAGAGCCCAGGAGAACUUAUGUGAAGUCUUGCAGGAGCCCAUCUGGACAAAUCUCAACAUGUCUGUGGCCUUUGGUUUUUUUAACUUCUUCCUUUGGGCUGGUAAUAUUUGGUUUGCCUACAAAGAGACAGGCUUGCAUAAGUCCACUAAGCGUCAUCUCUCCAGAACUCCCUCUGAGAAACGCGGCAGCUUCAGGCAAUACAGUCAAACCAGUUUUGAUCAAUCCGGAGCUGGUUUUGGCCAGAGGCUCUACAACCAGGGGAGUUUUGACUUAUCAAGCGGAGGAUUCAGCCUACCCCAAACCAAUCUAGGACAGCCGAUGCUGUGCCGACAGGUGGGGAGUCCCACAUCCAGAGGCCCUCUCAUUUUUGUUAAUGAGAUGUGAGAGAGAGUGUGAGUGUGGAGCAGAGAAAGAAAAGAGAAGAGAAAUGCUGUUGUUUUCUCAGUCUUAAGACAGAUCAUUUGUCGUUGUGAGUUUGAUAUUUCUAUCACGUGAUGUAGUCUGCAUACUGUUAUUUAUUUGUUUACUGUAUAAUUAAGUGUAUAAUUUUUAUGUAUAUUCUGCUAUGAAUAAUGACUAAUUACCAGUAGAUGCCUAGGAAAAGCAAAUGGCUUGAGCCCUGCCUUAAGACUGGCGUGGAAACCCUGUGGACUGAGAAUAAUGUCCAGUCAGAGAUCUUUUUAAUGAAUCAUUUUGUCUAACCAUGCACGGUGUUCAGUGAAAUGCAUGCAAAAAGAUUAGAUAAAAUCCAACGCAAUGAAGUCAGUCUGUUGUUCCAGUUUAUUGUAGCAUUCAAAACUGUACAAAUGUUAGUAAUACUGACUGCGUCAUAAAAUUAUUCU